AAAGGAGGAUAAAUCGUCGACGGCUCCCAUUUACCCAAUUACAGGAGAUGACAUGGCUUGUGGUAUGUAUUUACAGUGGUUGAUGGUUGGUCGUAGUUGUGCUAACCUGUACAGGCCGCAAUGGCAACAAGCCUGUUGCGUUUACUUGCCCAGCACCGUCUGGGGCUACGCUUACUUUUGAAUUCCGCGAAUUCCCUGCCGAAAGCGCCCGUCAUCCGGGAUCAAUUGACCAUGGCCACAAGGGCCCAUGUACCGUAUACGUCAAGAAGGUGGAGGACAUGGCAACCACCCCUGCUGCGGGCGAUGGAUGGUUCAAGAUCUGGGAGGACGGCUACGAUGAGGAAAAGAAGACUUGGUGUGUGGACCGUUUAAUCGCCAACAAGGGACUAUUGUCAGUCGACUUACCGACAGGUUUACCUGCUGGCUACUACCUCGUCCGUCCCGAGGUUCUGGCUCUACACAACGCCGACAAGGGCGAUCCCCAAUUCUACGCCGGCUGCGCGCAGGUGCACAUUGAAGACGGGCCGUCUGGUCCUCUACACAUCCCUGCCGAGUACGAGGUCAGCAUUCCCGGUUACGUGGAUGCCAAGUCGCCUGGAGUCAACUUCAACAUUUAUAAGAAGCCCAUGGACAAGUACCAGGUCCCUGGACCCAAGGUUUAUAUUCCAUCUGUUGGUAAGGCCGGCAAGGCUGCUCUCACCAAGGAAAAGCAGCAGAUUGGCAACAUCCCCGACGACUGUUUGCUCAAGAAUGCAAACUGGUGUGGAAAAGCCAUUGGUGCGUAUUCUGGCGAGACGGGCUGCUGGAUUGGCGUUAAGGACUGCUGGACCCAGAGCAAGGAUUGCUGGAAGAGCGCACCUCCUAGCGGCGGAGCAAACUGCGCUGUCUGGGAUAGCUACUGCACAUCGAUGGAAGAUGAGUGCAACAGUGGAAGCUUUAGAGGCCCUCCCAAGUUCAGUGCCAAGGAGAAGUUAGCUCCUGUCCCUGGUGCGAUUCCCAAGCCGUGGGGCGAGGACUUUCCAGAGUCUGAGAUUGAGCAGUCUUCGUCGGUGGUCCUGCGUUCGGUGUUUGCUGCUGCCACGCCUAUCCCCGUCGGUGGCGGCGAGAGACAGGCCCCUAACGUUGACCUACCGGAGUUCAAUGCCGGCGUGGACAAGCCUCCAGCUCCUGGACGCCCCAACGUCGUGGAUAUCCCGGCGUUUUCCAGUGUCGAUCGACCUAUGCGAUCACAAGCCUCGUCCAUGCCCACGCCUGCGUCGUCCAUAAAGUCGCCCGCAUCGUCAGUCAAGGGUUCCCCAGCCUCGUCUACUCCAUUGUCAUCCACGGGUAUGCGCGGUUCUUCUGUCAAGGGAAGCCCAGCAUUCUCUACGCCAGCAUCUUCUGCACCGGCAUCCUCUAUGGACUGCAACGGAGGUAUGGAGCCGUCGCAGUUCCCUUCCAAGCCCAAGACAUCUGAGAUGCCCAAGGCGUCCCAGACACCAAAGGCAGGCACUUGGCCAGACAAGAACAAGGACGCUUCGAUACCAAAGGACUGUGAAGAUGGCAAGGAUAAGAACACCAAGACGCCCGGUGGCGACGGCUGGGCUGACAAGUCCAUCGAUGGUAGCCCUAGCACCAGCUGGCCGGAUAAGACUACGAAACCCAAGGAGAGCGGCUGGUCUGACAAGACUAAGGACGACCUGCCCUCGACCAGCAAGACAGCUUGGCCGGACAAGAGCAAGACGGAUCCCACUCUGGACAUGGACUGCAACGGAGCUCCUGUCGACGACCAAUUCCCCAGCAAGACAACUGAAACGGGCCCGAAGAAGGACAACUGGGCUGUUAAAGGCAAAGAUGGUGACUCCAAGACUGGCGGCAAUUGGUCUGACCAGACGAAGAGUGAAAAAGACAAGGUGGGGAGCUGGCCUAAUGGCAAGGACAAGCCUGCGGACCGAAACUGGGCAGACAAGUCGAAGGAUGACAUGUCCUCUGGGCCCAAGAAGCAUGGAAACGGCAUGGAUAUGAUGGACUGCGAUAUGAAUCCCAACAUGGUUGGCGAUAAGGAGAUGACAGAUCCUGUUGCUUCACCAAAGAAGGAGGACACCUCCACUACACCCAUCGGCAGCAAGGACGAUGCAGAGGAAAUAGAUCUUCCUGGAGACAAGAUUGAGGAGCUUGACUGCAGCGGCGGCCAGUUUGGUCCUCCGCCUGUUGAUGAGCCCAAGAGCGACGAGUCUGGAAGCGCGGACCCUACUGGCGGGAUGGGAGCUGACGGUGCUGUCCCUGAUGCAGAUGUCCCUGACGCCGAGGAUGCCCCAGACAGCAGCGACGAUAGCCCUGAGAAUGCCCCUGAGGCAGAAGAUCCUGAAGAUGCCGAGGAAGCGGAGGAUACAUUCUAGGCGUAAUGGUUGAGCGUGCUUUGUUUACCUCAAUGCGGCUUCGUUUGUGUAAUGAAUGGCGAUAGGGAACGGUUCGUUUGACUAUUUUCUUUUGAGUAUGUAUAUUUCGGAUUACUGCAAAUACUGAUUUCUUUUGUUGUUUGGGACAUCUUGCUUCUGCGAUUUCCAGUAUGUCGUAGUGUAGAUGUGCAAG